GUAGUCGCCGGCGUGCACGGCCAGCGCGAGCAUCUAUUCCGUCGACGUGAGUUUUUCAGAUCGAUUCGUUCGAGGACCAAUCGAAUCGACGGUUCCACCGAUGCCGCGCUUUAGACAGACGAGGAUGAAGCGACAGGCAUAGGCGGUGCCUGUCAUGUAGACAAUGUCGAGGGAUCCGACGAUGAUCGCGCCUCGAUGAUGUCCACAUCUCGAGGGUGUACCCACGUAUCCCUGCCUACGAUUGCGCAACGAUUGGACGGGCAAGGAAACAAUGAGAGCGUCGUCGUAAGCUAAACCGGCGAGCCCGCGGCGGUGUGUCGGGAUCGUGACGUGGCGACCUUCGGAGAGCGAUCGGGACGAUCAGUCGCGGCCGGGCGAGAGAUCUCCGGUCUCUCCUCUCUCUCGCGGGAUCCGAAAAUGACAAUAAGUCGGCCGGCGGCGGUGAUGAAACGUUUCGUACGCGGCUCGCAUCCGCCGUCGUCGUCGCGAGGAUGACGAGGACGUGGACGGUAUGCGGCUUCACGGGGCUCCUCGUCCUCGUACCCGUUACCGUCUGCGCGACGAUCACCUACGUCAACGAGGACCUGUCCGUGCGAUGCAACGAUCGCGUUAACGCGAAUCGCAGCAACAAAACCUUCUCCCAGUGUAAAUACGAUGUCGACUGUAUUCCGAAUGCGUUUUGCCGGAACCAGCAAACCUGCUCGUGCAAAGACAAUCACAUCGAGUUCAGGAGUAAUAAUAACAUCAAAUGUCUGAGAGUGGCUGCUCACAUCGGCGAUCCCUGUGAGGAGGACAUCCAGUGUGAGUUCACGUUUACACCGCAAUCGGAAUGUCGAGGAGGCACUUGUCAAUGCGCCCACGAUUCCCACUUCACGGAUGGGAGGUGUUACGAGUCCAUCGGUUUGGGAAAACGUUGUCGCUCAAACCGCAAUUGUCACAUCAAGAAUACUUUUUGCGAAUACGGUUUCUGCACUUGCGGUUUGCGUCAUCAUGCGAAUCCUGACAACACCGGCUGUCUGCCGAGCGCCAAGUUAGGCGAGCACUGCAACAGCGAUGACGAAUGCAUCGUGGAGAAUUCGAAGUGUAUGCACAACAGAUGCGACUGCGAAGUGGACUGCGUGCUGGCCAAGAACGAUCAGCGGUGUUUGAAAGCUGCUUCCUGGAUCGGCGAGAAGUGCGAACAACAUUCCCAAUGCCAACUGUUCCUGAUGCAGAGCCAAUGCGGCGCGAAUAUGACGUGCGACUGUGUCGCCGGUUCCCACAGACGCGGUCAUCGAUGCUUCGUCGACGUAGAACUGGGCGGCCGUUGCGAAACUCACCAUCACUGUAUCACCACAACUUUGAAAGACUCCAAUUCGACCUGGAAAUCGAAAGUGGACUGUAUUGACGGCUUCUGCAUCUGUACCGAAGGCUAUACAUUGAUGGAGGAGUUGCAGGAUUGUGUUCAGUUUAGUGACAAUGGUGCAACGAGAUGGCAAGUACAUGGAAUACUUCCUCUCAUCGUUAUUGCAAGAUUUCUUGUGCGCUAAAGAUGGUGGAUAACAAUAUUUCGUAUCCAACAGCAUGAGAAUUUGAUUUAUUAAUUUAGAAUAAAAAUAUAAAAGUAGAUUAUUAAAUUAUAUGAUUUAGAUGCGUUUUGUCAUAUUUAUCAUCGUAUUUAUUUAAAUUGUUAUUUAAAUUAAAAUGCUUAACUAAUGUAAAUUUGCAACUUUAACUAGCAGCUAUAAGCAACCAAAGAGAAGUGUUUUUUCCCAUAGGAAAACGAUGAAUCUAUUAUACUAAAUUAUUAAUGACACUGUUUUUUUUUUCAUUAUUUUUAUUUAAUACAGUCAGUCGUGUUGACUAGGAUACAUGUGAGCAAAAUGUCACUCAAUCUUUACAAUCGUGUAAUAAAUUGUUGUAUUUCUGCAAAAUUAAUUCAUCAUUACAUUCUAUAAAACAUA